AAUAUACAAGGAAUUUCUACAUAUUUGUCGCAUCCGUUGUCGCCUCGCAGGAGUAUUCAUUCCCUCUCAAGUCACACGUGAUGGAAGCAUUUGUGGGAAUUCUCGUCGAUACUUUGAAUUCCAUGAUCCAGAAGGAGAGUGGAUUGCUUUGUGGUGUUGCAACUGACAUGGAAAAGAUUGCACGCUUGCUCUCCACCAUCAAGGCAGUCCUUGAAGAUGCUGAGCAGAAGCAAUUCACAGACAAGGCAAUACAACUCUGGUUUCAGGAGCUCAAUGGUGUUGCCUAUGAAAUCGAUGAUGUAUUGGAUGAUUACGCAGCUGAAGCCUCAAGAGUCAAGUACAAAAAUUCUGGUUGUUUUAGUUUGAUGUGUUACCCUAUAGCAGGAAACUUAGUGUUUCGUCACAGGAUUGGGACAAGGAUGAAGGAGAUCCUUGAAAAAUUUAAUGCAAUAGCUGAUGAGCGGAUAAAGCUUGGUUUGAUUGAUCAGAAGCGUGGGAGCAACCACUUUCAGGUUGAUUCUACUGGAACACGUGAGACUGGUUCCUUGCUAAAGGAACCUGAUCUAGUCCUUGGAAGGGACGAGGCGAAAGACGAGAUUGUGAAAAUAUUGGUGAAUCAAGUCAGAGAUAAUCAAAAUGUAUCAGUGCUCCCUAUAGUGGGUGUUGGAGGCCUUGGAAAGACAACACUUGCCCAAUUGGUGCUUAAUGAUGAGCGCAUAGCCAAGCAUUUUGAGCCAAAACUCUGGGUUUGGGUCUCAGAGGAUUUCAAUGUGAAGAGGAUUAUAAAAGCCUUAAUUAAUUCAAUACGAGGGACUCCUGUUGAAGAAUUAGAAUUGGAUCCUCUGCAAAGAAAACUUCAAGGGUUGUUGAGAGGGAAAAGAUACCUGGUUGUACUGGAUGAUGUCUGGAAUGAGAAUCUAGAGGAAUGGGAGAAACUGAAAUCUGUUCUGGAAUGCGGAUCAAGAGGUAGUUCAAUCAUCAUGACAACUCGCAUGGAGAAGGUUGCCACAAUAAUGGGCACAUUAAAAACAUAUUAUCUGUCGAGUUUGUCAGAGAAUCAGUGUUGGUCACUGUUUAGGCAACGGGCAUUUGGCCGUCAAGAGGCUGAAGAAUAUCCUAACCUUGUAGUUAUCGGAAAAGAGAUUGUGAAAAAAUGUGGUGGUGUUCCUCUGGCUGCAAAGGCUCUUGGAGGCUUUCUACGAUUUAAAAGGCAAGAAAAUGAAUGGAACUCCGUGAAAUGCAGUGAAAUUUGGAACUUACCUCAAGAUACAACACAUAUCUUGCCCGCGUUGAGAUUGAGCUAUCUUAAUCUUCCGAUAGAGUUGAGAGGUUGCUUUGCAUAUUGUGCAGCAUUUCCCAAGGGCUAUGAAUUUGAAAUAGAAGAGGUAAUACAUUUGUGGAUGGCAAAUGGAUUGCUUUCAUCUAAUGAAACAAUGGAAGUGGAAGAUGUUGGUGUUGCUGUGCUGACUGAUCUAUAUUAUAGAUCACUAUUCCAAGCAGUAAAGGAAGAUGAAUUUGGCAAUGCCCUCACUUUUAAGAUGCAUGACCUUGUCCAUGAUUUGGCUCGAUCAGUAAUGGAGGCAAAACACGGUGGAACAGAGUCAAAUAGAACCAUGAUAUUAGGUAUGCCAGAUGAUCAGCUAACAGUGGCUUUUCCUAUUACAAUCACAGGCAUUGACCAAUGCUUUUCUUUCUUGUCAAAAUGUGGCUCCCUGAGGGCUCUCAAGGUAAUGUCAUACAAUAAGCAGCUUUUACAUGCAAUAAGCAAACUGAAACAUUUAAGGCAUCUAGAUCUUUCAAGAUCUUUAAUUGUUGAACUACCCAAUUCAAUUUGUGACUUGUGGAAUUUGCAAAUUUUAAACCUAAAUGAUUGUCUCAUUCUUUGGAGUCUACCCAAGGGCAUGAGAUUCCUUAGAAAUCUUCGACAUCUUUGUCUACAUGGGUGUUGGAGUUUGACUCACAUGCCAAGUGGAAUUGGGAAGCUGACUUGCCUACGGACGUUAAGUAUGGUCGUCCCGAGUGGCAAAAAAGGCUUCCGACUAAGUGAGUUGCGAGACUUAAAUAUGCUUAGAGGAGGGCUAACAAUUAUGCACCUUGAGAGGAUUGAAGACAAAAAGGAUGCAGAAGAAGCUUGCUUAAUUAAAAAACAGAGUCUCCACGGGUUGAAUUUGUAUUGGGAUUCCGAAAGAACGAUUCAACGGUACAAUGAUAAGGAAGUGCUCGAAGCCCUCAAACCCCGGCCCAACCUUCAACUACUACGUGUCCUAGGCUUCAACGGUUCAUCAUUUCCAUCUUGGAUUUCAACUGUAACAGAAGUUGUUGUGCACGAGAGUGCAGCGGAGUACAUAGUUGGGGUCCAAGAGAGUAUUGCCGCUGCUGCUGCAAUGUCCCCAUCGUUGAAACAGCUGGAGUUAGAGAACAUGCCCAACCUAAAAGGAAUGUUAGGAAGAGAAGUCCAAGGUACUCCAGGGGUAUUCUCUCAACUUCAAUCCUUGUCCUUUAAGGAUUGCCCAAUGUUGACAUUGCCACUGCCACGUAUGCUGUCCCUAAAGGAGUUAUGCGUCGACCGUUGCCCGAACAUGGCAUGGGCUUCAAUCUCCAAUCUCACGGCUUUGAAGGAAUUGACCAUCAAGCACUCUCCCGAGCUGAAUUCUCUGCCAGAAGAAGGAUUGCGAGGCCUUGCUUCUUUGCAGGAAAUCCAUUUGGUCCGAUGCUAUAAUUUGGUGAGUCUCUCAAUGGGGACUAAAGCCCUCAAAUCCCUGACUCGUCUAUGCAUCAAUGGGUCACACGCGACAGCUCUGCCAGAGGAAGUCAAACAUUUGCCUGCACUACAAAAACUGGAGCUGCAGAGUUUUUCCAAUCUAACUUCAUUGCCAGAUUGGUUUGGAGACCACCUCACUUCUCUUCAAGACCUGACACUAAAAUAUUGUCCGCUUGAAACACUUCCAUCCAGCAUUCAAAAGAUGACGACACUCCAACAUUUGACUAUAUUUCGCUGCUACCGACUGGGACGACAGUGUAAAAGGGGAGGAGAGGAAUGGCACAAAAUUAAGCACAUCCCGGACCUGAAAAUUGAAAAUUGAGUAAUACAAUUAUAUAUGAGUGGGUCUGCAUAUUCAUGUAUUACGUAAUAAACUAUUUGUGUACUAUCCUGUAAGUGUGGAGAAGACCAACACUAGUACUCAAUUUAUACCAUACCCAGUUGAUAUGAUUUGCUAGAGGUUGGAUUAAAUGAAAAAGAUACUGAGAUUUGACGGCAGUUUUCACAAAUGAGUUCUGUUGCAUGUAUUAGUUCUCUUUUUGAUUGAUUGUUCAAG